GCUAUUUAAAGAGGGUCAUCCAGUCACGGAUAAAUAGCAGAAGGUCCUCCGCGCUGACUAACCGCCUCUAAAUGUUUUUCAUCCGGCUCUGUGUGUCUGUCUGCGGCUUCAUGUGUCCAGACUGAGCCUCUGCUGACAGCCAUCCGACGACCAGCACUGCAUACAUCCCCUGCAAGGGUCUUUCGUGGUCGUUUUUAUAAAGGGAUACUUGGGGGUAAAAAUGGGUAAAGAUUACUAUAAAACGCUGGGCAUCUCCAAAGGAGCCACAGAGGAGGAUAUUAAGAAAGCUUACAGAAAACAGGCGUUGAAAUGGCAUCCAGACAAAAACAAGUCUGCAUCAGCCGAGGAGAAAUUUAAGGAAAUCGCUGAAGCAUAUGAAGUGCUGAGUGAUCCGAAGAAAAGAGAAGUUUAUGACCAGUAUGGAGAGGAAGGUCUCAAGGGAGGAAACGGGCCCACAGAUGGACCGGGCAACACCUUCACCUACACCUUCCAUGGAGACCCUCACGCCACCUUCGCCACUUUCUUUGGUGGCUCGAACCCCUUCGAUAUGUUCUUUGGGCGUAAAGCAAACGGUCGAGACGACGACGACAUGGAGGUGGACGGAAACGACCCCUUUGGUUCCUUCAGUAACUUCAACAUGAACGGCUUCCCUCGGGACCCUCACACUGGACCUGGAGGGCCACGCAGGAAACAGGACCCUGCCAUCAUCCAUGAACUGAGGGUCACCCUUGAGGAGGUUUUCCACGGCUGCACCAAGAGGAUGAAAAUCUCUCGCAAGAGGCUAAAUCCAGACGGCAGGACCAUGCGCAACGAGGAUAAGAUUCUCACUAUCGAGAUCAAGCGAGGCUGGAAAGAGGGAACCAAGAUCACGUUCCCGCGGGAGGGGGACGAGUCAUCCAAUACCAUUCCUGCGGACAUUGUUUUCGUCAUCAAGGACAAGCCACACCCUCACUUUAGGCGGGAGGGCUCAAACAUUGUGUAUCCUGUGCGCGUCAGCCUAAGACAGUCAUUGUGUGGAUGCUCUGUUACCGUGUCGACGAUAGACGGGAACUCGUGCAACAUGAAGAUCACGGACGUCAUCAAGCCUGGCAUGAGAAGGACUGUCGCCGGGCAGGGUCUCCCCGUACCCAAAAACCCAGAGCAGAGAGGAGACCUGGUGGUGGAGCUGGACGUUAACUUCCCCGACACGCUGCCCGGAAACGCCAAGGACGUCCUGAAGCGACAUUUACCUACUUAGGAAGAACAACAAGGACUAGACGAGAGAAAAAUAACACAUGACAGCACUCUCCCCCUUUACACACACACACUGAGAGUUCACAGAUAGACCCCUACAAUGAUUGUGCAAUUUCUACUUAAAUCUUUCUAUUUUUAGCAUAUUGGCAGAUAUAAUGUGUUUGAAAAAUUGGCCGAAAAGCAACAAAACUAAUUGUAACAUAGAAAAGCUUAAUUCAAGGCAUUCACCUCUAUCUAGUUUUCCCUCCUGAAUACUGAACAUUUUAUUAAGGUCUAAUAACCGACAACUUUGAGUCGUAGCACCCUAUUGUAAUCAAAAUUAUUAUUGUAAUUAUAUAUAUAUUUAUAUAUAUAUUUAUAUAAUGAAUUUUUUUU